ACUUCUAGAUAAAUUGAACAGAGCAAGAAACAGCAUUAAAGAUAGUACAAACAUUGUCAUCUGCGUUCAGACACGGCUGCCUUACACAAAAGAAAUUUCUCUGGUCAACUCACGCGCCUUCCCUAAACUCACCCUUUACAAUUCUUUAUUCUUUGUAUUUUUAGCUUCUUUUUGCUCGAUCUGAUAAAAACACAAGUUAAAGAAUUUGGCUUUGAUGACCAAUUCAUUGGAAUUAUUCUAGUUUGUUUUUGACAAUAUUGCCUUCUUGAAUUGACUACUUCUUGAUUCAGUCAGUUGGUCUUUUGUGUUAAAGCUGAGUUUUUUUUUCUUUCUAUUUUAUGGUUUAUUUAGUGUAUGUUUGAUGCCACUGUUUUGAGUUCUUGCUUGAAAAAACUGAGGUGGGUCGCUGAGAUUUUUGUUGAAAAGUUUGUGAUUUAGAUAUUUGAGAGGUGUUCUUCAGAAAACUGCAAAGGGGUUGGUGGUAAAUGCAGUAAAGACUUGACCUUUAGUGGGAUUUUGCAGUAAAGACUUGACCUUUUGUGUGAUUUUUAGGAGGGGUGAAAUCCCUUUUGAUUUAUUGGUUUAUACAGGUGUUUGAUGCCACUGUUUUUGAGUUUUUGAAUGAAAAUCUGAGGUGGGUCAGUGAGAUUUUUGUUGAAAAGUUUGUGAAUUUGAUAUUCGAGAGGUUUUCUUGAGAAGAAUUCGAUAGUGUUGGUGGUAAAUGCAGUAAAGACUUGACCUAUAGUGGGAUUUUUAGGAGGGAGUGAAAUCCCUUUUGGUUUAUUGGUUUAUACAGUGUGCUUGAUGCCACUGUUUUGAGUUCUUGCAUGAAAAUAGGAAGUUGGUCAGUGAGUUUUUAUUUGAGAAGUUUGUGAUUUGGAUAUUUGAAAGGUGUUCUUCAGAAGAUUUCCAUAGGGUUAGUGGUAAAUGCUGCAAAGACUUGGCCUUUUGUGAGAUUUGAGCAGGGGUUUGGGGUUUGGGGGUAUGUUGAGUUAUUCAUGAUAAGUAUUGGUUGCUUUGUUUAUGCUGAUUCAAAAGGAAAUGGGUGUAAGAGGAGUAGCCCAAUUGUGUUUUUUUAUCAGUACUCUUUUUAUUAUAGUAGCAGCAACUGAUAGCAAGAAGUCGGUGGAACAUUUGCUGGUCAAUCAAAUCAGUUCCGGGGAGAUCAACCAAGAAUUGGCUGAACUGUUAUGGUUGAACUGUAGGCUAGAGUUAUUACAUGCUAAUGGUGCUGUUGAAGAUCUUGAAGAAUCAAGUGGGAGCCACAAAACCCUUUCUAAUAGAAGAUUGUCAACUAAAAAUAAAGAGAAACAUGUCAAUAUCUUGCAUCCACUCACUAAGGAAGCCCUUAUGGGAUGUAUGGUGAAGAAAAAUCUCCUGUUUCUUAUUUCCGGAGAGGAGAAGCAUCCACCUACAUGGUAUACCAGGUGCACCGACUUUCUCUUUUCUUGGUACAGUGCACCUACACGGCGUGAAUUGCUUCAGUUUGGAGAUGCUCCUGCUCCUGCUCCUUCACCUAAUUCAGCAAAAACUUCCAGUUCUGAAACUCCGAAUUCUACGCCACCUGCCCGUCCUCCUUCAAAGCCAUUUUUCCCUCGAGACUACAAUGAUUCAAGCAAAAGCUCUGCACCUAGUGAUCAUUCUUCUACUAGUCAAAAUGCUACUUCAGAUGUACACUCAAAUAAGCGAAAAAGCAACAGGAAAACAGUUCUUGUUGCAGUUCUUGUGACUGCUGCUGUCACAUUUGUUGUUGUUGCACUCUUUUUUAUAUGCUAUUGCAAGGUUUGUGGGGCUGGAUCCAGAAAAGGAAGGAAUGACGAGAGGCCUCUUCUUAGCUUAAGCAUGAGUGACUAUUCUGUUGCUUCAUUACACAAGUCAUCUGUUUUAGGAGCUUCGAUGAGUAAUGCUGGUAAUCAUUCAGUCAGUGACAAUUCCGACGAUAAAAUGGGUAAAAGUUUCUACAUGGAGCCGAACGGUCUUAAUGUUUCCAAAACUGAGAUCCCUUUAGGAACUGUUACCGGCAUUGCUGUGGCUGCAGCAGGGGAUUCUGCACAGGUACCGCCCGGAAGGAUCGGGACACAUGGACUGCCUCCGCUUAAACCUCCUCCCGGUAGGGUGAAUCCUUUUGAAGACCCACUGUCUCCUGCCAAGCCAGCCAAUUUAGCUGCUCCGCCGCCACCUCCACCACCACAGAAACCUACAUCUAGCGGUCCACGCCCUCCUGCACCAGGGGCUCCUCCACCACCACCUAUACCAACUCGUGCGAAGGCUGGUCCUCGGCCACCACCACCUCCAGGUCCUGGUGCUACUCCACCUCGUCCUCCUCCCACGGGGUUGAAGCCGCCUCGACCUUCACCUCUUGGAUCAAAUGCAUCCUCUAGUGCUUCAGCUGAGGGAUCAGGGACUGAUGCUUCUAAAACUAAGCUAAAGCCUUUCUUCUGGGAUAAGGUUCUAGCCAACCCUGACCAUUCAAUGGUUUGGCAUCAAAUCAAAUCAGGAUCUUUCCAAUUUGACGAAGAGAUGAUAGAGAGUCUCUUUGGAUAUGCUCCUGCUGACAAAAACAAGAAUGGUUCAAAGGACUCUACGUCCCAAGAUGCUUCCAAACAAUUUGUUCAAAUUAUUGAUCAAAGGAAGGCACAAAAUUUAUCUAUUCUUCUUAAAGCCUUAAACGUGACAACUGAAGAAGUUUGUGAUGCUCUCAAAGAAGGAAAUGAGCUGCCUUCUGAACUCCUUCAAACUUUGCUUAAGAUGGCACCAACUACUGAUGAAGAAUUGAAACUGAGGCUCUAUAGUGGGGAUCUCUCUCGGCUUGGGCCUGCGGAGCGGUUCUUGAAAGUCUUGGUUGAUAUUCCAUUUGCCUUCAAGAGGCUAGAAUCCUUGCUUUUUAUGUGCAGUCUUCAGGAGGAGGCAUCAAUGGUUAAAGAAUCAUUUGCCACUUUGGAGGCUGCUUGCACGGAACUCCGAAAAAGCAGGCUGUUUCACAAGCUCCUUGAGGCUGUUUUGAAAACUGGCAAUCGUAUGAAUGAUGGAACAUUUCGUGGUGGUGCUCAAGCAUUUAAACUUGACACGCUUCUGAAACUAUCCGAUGUAAAAGGGAUAGAUGGGAAAACUACAUUGUUGCAUUUUGUUGUUCAAGAGAUAAUCCGUUCAGAAGGUGUACGAGCUGCCCGUUCCAGGGAGCGAGGCAGCAUGUCGAGCAUCAAGUCCGAUGAUCUACCCGAGGGUCAGUCUCAGGACUCGGAGGAGUACUAUCGAAGUACUGGUCUACAGGUCGUUUCAGGUUUGAGUAGUGAACUUGAAAAUGUGAAAAAAGCUGCAAUUUUAGAUGCAGAUAGCUUAACAGGCACAAUGUCCAAGCUUGGUCAUGCACUAAAAAAAUCACGGGAUUUCCUAAAUUCAGAAAUGAAGAACGUAGAUGAUGAAAACAGGUUUCACCAGACCCUAAAGAGUUUUGUGCAGAAUGCUGAGGUUGACAUCAUGUGGUUACUCGAGGAAGAAAAAAGAAUUAUGGCUCUAGUUAAGAGCACGGGUGAUUAUUUCCACGGAAAUUCAGGGAAAGAUGAAGGUUUGCGAUUGUUUGUUAUUGUUCGGGAUUUUCUGGUAAUUUUAGAUAAGGUAUGCAUAGAGGUGAAAAAUGCUCAGAGAAAGCUAAAUGGCACGCCAAAGAAAGAGAAUUUGGCAGGUAAAACUUCAGAGUCCACCAAUUUACCGUCCCUCGAUCUCCGUCAGAAGCUUUUUCCAGCUAUCGCCGACCGGAGAAUUGAUGAUUCUAGUUCAGAUGAUGAUACUCCUUAAGAUAUGCCUAGAUAAUAUACUAAGAUUACUUCUUUGUCCGGUUGGCGAAGCGUUCGGAGGGAACGAAGAAAGAUUGUUUAAAUAUUCAUUUUAGAGAGAAGAUUCAGUUGUAGCAGAGAGAGAUCAGACAGAAGAUGUGCUUACAAAUUCGACCUAUUACAUGGUUCUAUAUCAAUAUUUCCUUUCCUAAAGCUCCUACUUGUAGUUAAAACUUAUAAGUAGUUAGGAAAAUUCUCAUUCAUUAUUUAUCUUGUAAUUCUUUGUUUCAAUGUAAUUGAACAAAGUAGUUCUGUUGAUUAUUACAUAUGGUGUCUCAGAAAGUGGUCCAUUUCAUAA